GUCUCCGGAACCCGCCAUUCUUCAGAUACCAGUGUCGAUUCGCGCUCCUGCUCUCCUGCUGCUCAGGUGGCGGCACCAGGAGGUGCCGGAAACCCCGGAGAGAGCGCUGGGUUCCCGACUUCCGGAAUGGAGCCGUUGACACUCAGGGACGUGGCCAUCGAUUUCUCUGAAGAGGAGUGGGAAUGCCUGGAGCCAGCUCAGAGGAGUCUAUACAGAGAAGUAAUGUUGGAGACCUGCAGAAACCUGGUCUUCCUGGCCAUGAACCCUCAUGAUACCCAGGAAAUUUUGCCAGAGCUUGACAUAGAGCAUUUAUGUAAAAACGUGCUAACAAGAAGAUAUGGAAAUUGUGACCUUGACCAUUUACAACAAAAGGAAGUUCAGGACAGUGUAGGUGAGACUGAAGGUCAGAAAUCAUAUUGUAAAAGACAAGACAAAUUAGUAGUGACUGCCCAUAAUGAAAACUUUACUGUCAGUAGACCUCAAGAACAUUUAAUGACUCACAAAAGUAUUCACUUUUUAACUAGAGGACAAACUUCUAAAAAUCAUCAUUUUGAAAAUUUCUUUACAAAUGAUCCAUUAUUCUGUAAUAAACAAAGAACUCCUUCUUGUAUCCAAACAUACACUUUCAAUGAUUGCGGGAAUGCCCCUGUGUACUCAUUACUGCUUAAUCAAAAUUCAGAUGGAGAUUUCUGGAAAAUACAGAACACAUGUAAUAAAACAAGCAAUGUUGUUAGUCAGGACUGUACCCUAAGUAAUUACCAGUGUCCUUAUGUUGGAGGAAAAAAUUGUGAAUGUAGCAAAACACAGAAGAACUUCAGCUUUGGUUGCAAUACGAGAAAACACGAGUGUGCUCACUGUGCCCAGAACCUUUACCAUGACGACAGGUGUGGGAAAGUCCCUCCUCAGUGCUCAGAGCUCAUUGCCCCUCCAGGUACUCAGAGCCAAGAGAAGCCUUGCACAUGUGAGGAAUGUGAGAGAGCUUCCCAUCCAACUGCAAGUCCUCCUGGACACAGGGGAGCUCAGCCUGCAAGGGAGCCACGCAAAGUGAAGGAGCGUGUCCAAGCAUGGAGUUCUGCACCCCUUUCUAAACAGGACGGGUACCACAGUAGUGAUCAACAUGACAAGUUUAAAGAAUGUGGCAAAACUUUGAAUCAAGGACCACCCCCUGUUAAGCAGCACAGAAUUCAUACUGCAGAGAAACCCUACAAAUGUGAAGAAUGUGGCAAAUCCUUUAAAAAUUGCUCAACCCUUUCUAAACACCUGAGAUGUCAUAGCAGUGGGGAAACCUACAAAUGUAAAGACUGUGACAGAGUUUUUAAGAAUUUUUCAACACUUAUUCAACACCAAAGGAUUCAUACAGGAGAGAAGCUGCAUAAAUGUGAAGAAUGUGGCAAAGGUCUUACUCGAAGAGCUUACCUUACUCAACACCAGAGAAUUCACACUGGAGAGAAACCCUACAACUGUGAAACAUGUGGCAAAGCUUUUAAUCAAAGAUCACACCUCACUCAACACCAGAGACUUCAUACUGGAAAGCAUCCCUACAAAUGUGAAGAAUGUGGCAAAGGUUUUAAUCAAAGCUCAGACCUGACUGAACACAAGAGAAUUCAUACAGGAGAGAGGCCCUACAAAUGUGAAGAAUGUGGCAAAUGCUUCACUCGACGAGCAUACCUUCCUCAACAUCAGAGACUUCAUACUAAAGAGAAGCCCUACAAAUGUGAAGAAUGUGGGAAAGGUUUUACUCACAGAGCAUGCCUUACUCAACACCAGAGAAUUCACACUGGAGAGAGGCCCUACAAAUGUGAAGAGUGUGGGAAAGGUUUUAAUCAAAGCUCAAACCUUACAAAACACCAGAGAAUUCACACAGGAGAGAAGCCCUACAAAUGUGAAACUUGUGGCAAAGGUUUCACUCGAAGAGCAUGUCUUACUCAGCACCAGAGAAUUCAUACGGGAAAGCAUCCCUACAAGUGUGAAGAAUGUGGCAAAGGUUUUAAUCAAAGCUCAGACCUGACUCAGCACCAGAGAAUUCAUACAGGAGAGAAGCCCUACAAGUGUGAAGAAUGUGGGAAGGGUUUUACACGAAGAGGAUAUCUUCCUCAACACCAGAGAUUUCAUACUAAAGAGAAGCCCUACAAGUGUGAAGAAUGUGGGAAAGGCUUUAAUCAAAGCUCUGACCUUACUAAACACCAGAGAAUUCACACAGGAGAGAAGCCCUAUAAGUGUGAAGAGUGUGGCAAAGGUUUUACUCAAACACAGAACCUUACUGAACAUCAGAGAAUUCAUUCAGGAGAGAAGCCCUACAAAUGUGAAGAAUGUUGGAAAUUUUUUACUCGAAGAACACAUCUUACUCGACACCAGAGAAUUCAUAAUGGAGAGAAACCCUACAAAUACAAGGAAUCUAACAAAGUUUUUAAGAAUCAUUCUUCCUUUACAAAACAUGAGAGUAUUCAUGCAGGAGAGAAUGAAAGUCCCAGCCAUAGCCCCCCAGAACGUCUGCUGGCUUUCCUGCACAUGCUACAAGUACCCAGAGCCCUGGAUUGCAACGUGCUGCCCUAGAAACUAACCCCACACUCAAACACCUUCCAAUGAUGUGCUGAUUUGCACAGCUGAUGACUCGAAGUGAGGGAAGUUCCCUUCCCCUUCCCUUCCCUUCCCGUUCCCCUUCCCCCCUUUCCUUUCUUCCUGUCCAUCUACAUUUCUUUCCACCAGCCUAUUCAUCUCUUCCUUCUUUUCUCUUUCCCCUCCCUCCCAUCCCUUUCCCUCUUCCAUUGUCUGUCUCUGUAUUUUUCUUUUUUUGGUAAAUUUAAGUCCUCUUUUGAUGAAGGUGGUAAUGAUGCAUCUCCCUCACCAUCCUCCUUCAAGAUUCCACAUGCUCUUGAAGAGUGUGUUUCUGGGACCUCCCUGCUCCUUUGUCAUCCACAACAAGUUGACACACCGGGUCGAGAGUUCACCUCUGUCUACUGCUUCCCUCUUGACGUAGGAAGAAUGGCUGACUUCAAGAGGCUGUUAAAUAUGUCUUGUUUGUGCUUUAUUAUGUGACUAGACCCAAUCUCACAAUCUCUGGAUUGAACGGGGUAAAAGCUGGAUUCGUCCACAGCAGAAGGAUGGUCUUUUUCAGCAGCUUCUUUGCUACCUGAGGAAAUUUCUGCAGCUAUACCUUCCUUGGGUUCAGGAGAAGCUGACCAACAAUGUGACAUAGUGCACCAGCCAGCUGAGACUUGGACGCUUUCCUCAACACAGGAACAAAAUGAACCUGUAAACUGCUUCCACCAGGAAGAGAACAGUCUUAGGUUAUUUUGAUAGUUCUUCCUUCUCAUAAUGCUGGUUACUUGCCAAAGAAAAUCAUUAUUUUGCCUGAAGCCCUACAGAAUAAUUUCCUUUAGGACAAAGUCCUGCCAUUCCCUGACAGACCUUGAGUAAGACACAGAGCCAUCCCAAAUCCAACAUUGAAGCUGGAUAAUUUGAUUGUGGAUAGUAGUUCCUUCUGAGCCAAUAAAAGUGCGUGAAAUGGACUGGGGAUGUAGAUCAGGAAUAGAGUGCCUGUGGGAAUAAGGUCUAGCUUUAUUUAAAAAAAAAUAAAACAAAAACUGUACAGAAAGGAAGAAAAGAAGAAUGGAUAGUACAUCGUAGGACUUGACAAACAUCUCAAGACAUAAAAGAGCCAGACCUAAGCUGGCACUGAACUAGACACCAUGGGUAGUGAGCUUGACUGCCUCGAUGCGUCACCAUUAGAAAUAAAACACUUCCUACCGCCUUCAGCUCCCUGGCUUCUGCAGAGGCUCAGAGGAGCUUUCUGUCCCCACUGGAUUUGCAGCCCCUGCAGUGGGGUCUCCAGCAGACCCCAGAAGGAGCUCGGGAGGGAAGACAGUCCCUGGCAGCUUGGACUUUGUGCCCGGGGAACUGGCGUGGACAGCAUUGUUUGCACCCCAGAAGACACAGAGUGUCUGGACUUGGUCACUCCCCCUUGUCCCUGAGCCGCGAUUGCAGAGCUGGUGAAGAAACCAGAUGGCCCUGGAGAGGCCCAAUGGCCUAUGUGAACUGAGGAGCGGAGCCUUCUCUGCAGGCAGCAGUUGCCACUGUGCAUGAGUUGGACAGGAGUAGCCCAGACACCUCUCCAGGAAUGUGGGGGCCAUAUUUGGGACAAAUGAGUGCUUUUUGCACUAGUUUCUAAUCUCAUUUGCUCCAAAAGAUUCUCAGGCUGGUGCAUAUGCACUUGAGGCAGCAGCAGACACAGCUGAUAAAUAUGAGCUGCCUCAGGCGUUGUCCUUCCAGGAAGGAGCAGCCGUGGUGACAGCUUUGGUGCACUGGUCGAGCGGAGGCCCAGGGACUAUUGAACCCCUUGUGGUCUGAUGCAGGCCUGGGGCAGAGCAGUUGAUGGCCUGUUCCAUGCCAUGUGUGCUGGAAAUAGUGGGGUCCUGGGCACCCCAGAAGACAAAGGAAAUAUGAAUUUUACUUCCACACACAGAUUUUUUAUUUGAUGUCCAUUGUUUCUGAAGUUUUUCUUUAGCAGGAAAAGAUGACUUAAAAGAUGAACUAGGACUGUUUGACAGGAGCUGGACUGUCCCUGACUUAAUUUCCAUGAGACCCAGAGGCGCAUCACCUUCCCUGGAGCCCUCAGUGCUGAGUGGCCUCUGGGCUGCUGGAAGGAGCUUCUCUGGACUGCCCAUCAGCUCAUCUGAGGCUUAGAUGCUCCUAGAGUUUUAAAAUGGGUGCUGAGUCUUCUGCAUGAUUCAAGUGUCUGCACUGUGGUGACCUGAAGCCACACAGCAGCAGUACACACCACUUUAAAGUAUCUUUUAAUCAUGAGGGAGGAUCGCUAAAUUCAAGGUGGCCAAGUAGAAGAAAUCCACAUGGAAGCUGUAAUUUAUGUGAUCAGAGACAUAAGGUGCUGUAUUUAUUAGGCUCGAGCAUGGUGGUAUUGAAUAUUGAAAAGAGGAACAACAUUGAGAAACAAAGGGCAAUGCAGCUCGCUGGCCGACUUCUGGGUGAGGACCAGCCCAUGCACUGGGGACCUGACCCACUCGGCGAUGCUUGGCAAGAGCUGUACCAGGGAGCUGCACAGCUCAGUGACAUGUGGUUCAGUCAACAACUUGUCCCUCAUCUCACCACCCCAUUAAUGAAGUGCACAGGAAACACGGACGAGCAUUUGGACUUGCAAAGUAAAACGAAAAAUCAACCAGGAGAUCAGCAAACCAGAGUAGGUGUCCUUUCUCAGCUACCAGGGCCACAGCAAGUGACUACACUCAGACGGCAGCUCCAGGGCAGGAAGGCACAGGUGUCCUGGCCCAGAAGUUGUGGGGUAGCCACACAGCCAGGCUUCUGUGCUGCAGAAAAGCCUGCAGAGGGACGCUGGUGCAGCUCUGUGCCCGGGAGUCCUGACGCGCCGAGUCAGCCCCGCACGGAGGGCGGAGGAACCCUGCUGAAGCACUUUCCUGCCAACAAGGGAAGCCAGUGAAGGAUGCAUGAGCAGCACUGAGACCAGCUGUCAAGAGGGGGCAGAGAGUGAACCUCUUAAAAUACAGAUACGUAACGAUUGGAAAAUAAACCAGCUGUCGUGGCUGCCUGUGGGGAGACGCGGAGGGGAGGAAACAAGAAUGAGGAGAGGCCGAUUAAUGAUUUUAUUAUAGACUUUUAGCCAUGGUCAGACUCGAAAAGCUAUGUGCAUAUGUUUCUUUAAGAAAAAAUUUUAAAAAACAUUUUUUCUGGUGUCAUGUUUAUUUUUUAAAAAUUAUUUUUUAAUUUUUUGCAGACUGCAUUUUGAUUCAUUGUACCCGAA